AUGUGCACCAAAAGUCUAUCGUGUCCGCUUUGCUGUCAGUCGAACUUUCCCAACAUCGAUGCCUUACGUAUUAGCUUGCUAAAGGUUACAUCGCGGCCAUUAAAAUGUCCGAUCUGUGCUGAGCAAUUGCUCGGGUUAGAUAAAUUGACGAUUCAUCUUUUCGGACAUUCGAUCCUGGGGCAAGAAGAAGAGCGCAUUCCCGAAGUGGUAGAGGAAAAAAAGAAGCCUACAAUUACAGCUUCGCUGAAAAAUGUUAGAAAACCCAAGAAAGAAGCGACAACUAGUGCAGGUGGCACGAAUAAUGGAAACCAUCGGGAGAAGCAAACUGUCAACAAAGUUAAGUGCGACAUUUGCGCAGACGAAUUUAGUGAUCACAAUUUUCUCAAAAUGCAUAAAUCAGUUUUUCAUGAGUUUCCAGCAACACCAAGCGGAAACGAACCGAAGGAUCUCUUCCAGUGUAGCAUGUGUCCAAAAGCUUUUAGGAUGAAAGGAUCAUUGAAGAUUCAUAUGCGGGUGGUGCAUUUAGGAUGCCAGAAAAAAUACUCGCAAAGUAGUACCGAUUGUGCUACCUCUCAAUUGCCAGUCACUACUAGUACCACCACAACAUCCGUUUACCAAUAUCAAGACGUAAUGCAGUUCGAUGUGCAAAGUAAUAGACAACUGAUGUCAGCACAAAAUCAAUCCCAACCUCCACCGCUUACCCCAACGGUUUCAUUAUCUGCUCCAAUGGGUCAACCUCAGAUAAUUAAAAUUCUAGACCCUAGGCAGUUGGCUGAAUUCAUCUACGUAGCCAACCAGCAGCAGCACCAAAUAGUCGAACAUGCCACACCGAAUGGCAGCCCACCCAGUGCUGCCUCUCCGGUUGGUCACUUUUCUGACGUCCCUUCGCCAUCACUGCCCUCUCCGCAAUCGAUGGGAACUAUUCCGGAAACGAACAAACAAUGGGAAUGUGACGUUUGUUUGAAAAGUUUCACUACUAAAUACUUUCUCAAAAAGCAUAAACGGCUUCAUACAGGUGAAAUGCCUUAUUCGUGCCAAAUCUGCGGAAAAUCGUUCACCUUCCAGCAGUCCUAUCACAAGCAUCUGCUGUAUCACAGUGACGAAAAACCGCACAUCUGUACGGUGUGCGGUCGAGCGUUCAAAGAACUUUCGACGCUUCACAACCACGAACGGAUUCACAGCGGCGAGAAACCCUUCUCUUGCGAAACUUGCGGCAAGUGCUUUCGACAGCGGGUAUCCUAUCUAGUUCACAGACGAAUCCACACCAACACACAACCAUACAAGUGCACUGCAUGUGAUAAAAGCUUUCGUUACAAGGUAUCCCAGCGGACACACAAAUGUCCGGCCCAACCGCCGGGCACCGUGGUGCGCCAAACCGGCGAUUUACUGCAAAAGCUGCUUCAAUCGUCCGCCAUUCUACCGACCCUGCAGGACGUAUCCUCCCCGAUGACCGAUUCGGAUCCACCGGCCUCCAUCGAGAGUACCACCGACCAAUCCGAACCGCAGGAGAUAAAGCCUGAAGACUACAUCAAUCGUACUCUGGACGAACUGUUCAACGAAUCGUACGACAAGAUGGGCAUCGGACACCACAGUGGCAGCUACGAAAUCGGUCAAAAUCAACCUCGUAACAUGCUAUUCGAGCCAUCGAGUCAACCGGACAAUCAGGACCACCACUCGGCAACCGGCAGCAGCAGCAGCACCGGUGAAAAUGGCAUCGUUCCCCGAAUCGAAAACCUUUGCUUACUUUCUCCCAAUCCCCAGGAUGUUAUUACGUUCGACGGGGAAACCAUGGGGGUCAUUGAUUCGAUCAAGCUAGAUCUGUUGUAUAACUGA